UGGAGAAUCAACCUCCACUACCCACGUUAGAUUCCCUGCACAGCAAUGUGGAAGACAGAGAAAGGGUACCCUGGACUGCACAUAGAGAAGGACCAUGUGGUUUUCUCCAUCCCUUUCAAUGAGCACCCUGGAGUUGAAGCUGAAGCAUAGAGAAAACGACAUUUUUCUUUCCCCUUUCACCCUAAAAUGGUAGAAAAAUGUUACCCUAGUGAUUUUCCACAGCACUAGAAGCUUGACAAAAAAGGGCAAAAACUUGAAGCUGAAACUCAUCUCCAACUUUCACAUUCAGUCACAUAGCAGAGGCUUCAUUAACAUCAACAUUAUUUCUGCAAGUGCUAUUGGUGAAAACACAGUACACACCUUCAGAUACUAAAAGCCAAGCAAUGAGUCUGUGCUUCACUAUUAUUGCCUAGUAUUGCAUUCAUUGUAGGGUCAUGGUCAGAACAACACAGACACACAGUAUUCAGCUCUUCUGUUUCCUUGCAGCAAAUAAUGGUUCUCUUGAAGUCCUGCCAAAGGACCCACAUAAACAUAGAGAAAGCCAUUGCUGAAAUUAAGAAACAUUGUGAGAUCUGGUCAAGCCAAAAGGCCUAAAACACUUCACUUCUUGACUGAGCUAUCUUUGAAGAGUUGCUUUCAUGGACAGUGAAAGAGAGGAGGAAAACCAAGGCAUCAAUGCUGCAAUCUCUAGCACACUUACAAUCAAGACCAAACAAGGUGAAGAGAGUUCAGGCAACUCAAAUUUACCUUCACCAAACCUAAAGAGCUCCAUAGAAUCAUCACCUUAUGAAUCUCCACUUGUCUCUCCGCCUUCAUCAGCAUUUGUUUCAGCACUGCAGUCCCCAUAUAUUUCUCCAAGGGCCACAAUCACAAACACCCCACCACCACAACCACCAACAAUAGUAGCAACAACCACCACCACCACCACCACUCAUCCUUCAACUCCAGAAGAUGUUCCUAGUAGCUCCUACACACCCCCUUCUGAUCCAUAUGAGUUUUCUGAUGACACUGCUGAUACAAACUUCAAGUACAUGACAUGUGUUCCAUUUCCAGAAGCAGCUCCUCCAAGAAUCUCAUUUUCAUUUCCAGUCCCUAGAGUUUCCUUUGCAAAAGGCCCUGUUUCCCCUGCUACCAAUGCCAAACUCAGAAGCUGUGAUGUCUACAUUGGUUUCCAUGGCCAAAAUCCAAACUUGAUUCGCUUCUGCAAGUGGCUUAAGUCUGAGCUUGAGCUUCAAGGAAUUGAUUGCUUGCUUGCUGACAGAGCAAAAUACUCAGAUAGCCAAAGCCAUGAGAUUGCUGACAGUGUCAUUUGCUCUGUUUCAUUUGGGCUGGUGGUUGUCACAAGCUCCAGUUUCCUCAACCAUCUAAGCAUGGAGGAGGUGAGAUUCUUUGCUCAAAAGAAGAACUUGAUCCCCAUCUUGUUUGACACAGGACCUGCUGAGAUCAUGGCACUUUUUAACAACUCAGUUGACAAGGAAUGUAAAGAGGCAUUUGAUGGGCUCAUGAAGUGCAAUGAGUUCAAUCUAGAGGCUAAUGAUGGUAAUUGGAGAAGCUGCAUAUCAAAAGUUUCUGGAAUCUUAAAAGCAAGACUUGGUAGGAAGACUAGUGAGCAGCAGAAGGAUAGUAUGCAAGGGUUUGAGAGUUCAUUACCUUUUCCAAGGAAUAGUUACUUUGUUGGAAGAGAGAAGGAGAUUAUGGAGAUUGAAGGUCUUUUUUUUGGACAAGUCCAAGAUCAUUGUAGGACAGUCCUCAAAGGUGAAGCCUGUGGAAGUGGACAAUCUGAAGGACUUGCAGAUGAGGAAAGUGAACCAGUGAUAAGCAAAGGUGGGAGGUACAUCAGUUUGGAAAUUGGGAGGAACAAAGAACCACCUUUAGAGGCUUGGGUUGAACCAGUCAUUGGAAAUAAGAGGUUGAAAAAUAAGAAGUCAAAGAGUGGAAGCUACAAGAGCUUGAGCAGUGUUGUUUGCAUUAAUGGGGUUUCUGGGAUUGGGAAGUCUGAGCUGGCUCUAGAAUUUGCUCACAGGUACUACCAGAGGUACAAGAUGGUGUUGUGGGUUGGUGGUGAAGCAAGGUAUCUCAGGCAGAACAUUCUAAACUUGUCUCUCAACUUGGGUUUGGAUGUUGGUGCUGACUCUGAGAUGGAAAGAGGUAGAGUAAGAAGCUUUGAGGAGCAAGAAUUUGAAGCAUUCAAGAGAAUUAAGAGGGAACUUUUUGGUGACACACCCUACUUGCUGAUAAUUGAUAAUCUUGAGAGUGAAGAGGAAUGGUGGGAAGGGAAGGGCCUAUAUGAUUUGAUACCAAGACAUACAGGAGGGGCUCAUGUGAUUAUCACUACAAGGUUGUCCAAAGUAAUGAGCUACGAUACUAUUAAUCUUCCACCAUUGUCACUAUCUGAUGCAAUGAUUCUGAUUAGAGGAAGAAAAAGAAAAGAGUAUCCAGCAGAUGAGGUUGAUUUCCUUGAAAAGUUCAAUGAGAAACUUGGUAGGUUGAGCUUUGGUUUGUGGGUGAUUGGUUCAUUGUUGUCUGAACUUGCAAUUAGCCCUUCUUUUCUCUUUGAAGCCAUAAAUCAAGUUCCACUCAAUGAAGACUCAAGCACUUGUUACAUGAGCAUUGCAGAAGAGCAAUUGUGCAAGAGCAACCCUUUCCUCAUGAAAACCCUCCUUUUCUGUUUGACAACUUUGGAGAAAACAAAAGCAAAAGGGAACAACAUUCUGGCCUUGAGAAUGCUUCUUGUUGGUGGGUGGUUCUCACCUGCUCCUGUUUCAGCAAGUUUAUUAGUCAAUGCAGUAAAGAGCAUGCCUGUGGUUGAAAACAGUCUUCAAAAGUGGACUAAUUGUUUUAGCCUAACAUCAAGGACAUGGAAAAAUGAAGAAGAUUCAGCAACACUUCUUGUGAAAAUGGGACUAGCUCAAAGGGUUAGCCAACAUGAUGGAUGUUGCUGGCUCAAGUUCCACCCCAUAACACAAGCAUUUGCUAAGAGAAAAGGUGGAUUGCAAUAUGCAAAAGCUGCAAUUCAAGGAGUGAGAAAACUAAGCAACCAUGGAAUCUCAGAUCAUUUAUGGGCCUCAGCAUUCCUUGUGUUUGGGUUCAAAUCUGAGCCACCACUUGUGGAGCUAAAAGCAACUGACAUGGCUUUGUACAUCAAAAGAACAGCACUCCCACUUGCAGUUCAAGCCUUCACCACAUUCUCAAGAUGCAACUCAUCUUUGGAGCUCUUAAAAGUGUGCACCAAUACACUUGAGGAAGUGGAGAAGUCCUUUGUGUCCCAAAUCCAAGAUUGGUCCUCCCAUGACUCAGUGUGUUGGAAAAGGAGGUUGCAGAAAAGCCAAAAAGUGGAUGAAUAUGUGUGGCAGGAUGUGACUUUAUUGAAGGCAACAUUGCUGGAGACUAGAGCAAAGCUGCUAGCUAGAGGGGGGCAUCUAGAUAGUGGAAAGGAGUUGUGCAGAACAUGUAUCAGUAUCAGGACUGUGAUGCUUGGCCAUAACCAUCCACAGACUCUGGCUGCUCAAGAGACAUUGGCAAGGUUGGUGAGAAUGAGGAGUAAAAUAUGAAUGUUUGCUUUGCUUCACCAAGUGUCUUCUCCAUUAUUACAGUUAAAGUUUAUACAAAUGUUACUGUAGUAAUGUGCUGAUGUUUAUUGUCUGCCCCUCAUGAACAAAAAGCAUUACUGUGCAAUAAUGUAGUGUUAGAGGUCAUUGCUGUAAUGUUGGUGAAACUGAUAGUGCCAACGGAAAAUUUUAGAAGUUAGCUUAAAUAUGUUGGUGCUCUUGAAUUGAAUUUCCGGGGUUUAGCUCUUGUAAAUUCAGGGAAUCACUCUAAAGGGUAAAAGUAAAUUAUCAAAACAUUUGAUUGAGAAAUUAAUAGUUGAGAUUUUAAAAACUUCACAGUUUGGUAUGCAAGUGUAUGAUUGUAUUCUCAACUGUUAACUUCUCAUGGUUCGAUGAUUUACUUUAUCUUCUAAAGUAACCUGACGGAACGAAAUUUGAAUUUCCCUUACCUUAGUACCAAAAUUUACCAAUGGUGUUUCCUUUCCUUUUUACGAAAUGCAAUGAAGCUGAGGUUUUCUGGAA